GACAAGGCAGAGACGGAGCUGAGUGAGAGCGCGGAGCGAGCGGCGGGCGGAAGGGAGCUGGAUACCCUGGACAGCGCAUUGCUUCUCUCGCCCGCCACAGCGCCCGCCUGGCCACCGCACCCCUCUCGUCCGCACCAUGGAGCAGCUGAAGGCUUUGGACUGGGAAAUAAACACAUUUGUGGAUUAUAUGUUUGGGCCUCGAGAUUCCAGGGUCAGAGGAUGGUUCCUGUUGGAUUCUUACCUACCCACAUUUUUCCUUACUGUAGUAUAUCUACUUUCCAUAUGGCUGGGUACCAAGUUUAUGAAGAACAGGCCUGCAUUUUCUCUCAGGGGUCAUCUCAUUAUGUAUAACCUUGGAGUUACAGUGCUUUCCUUGUACAUGCUCAUAGAGCUUAUGCUGUCCAGUUGGGAAGGAGGCUAUAACUUACAGUGUCAGAACCUUGUCAGCGCAGGAGAAGCUGAUAUCCGGGUGACCAAGGUGUUGUGGUGGUAUUAUUUUUCCAAAGGAAUUGAAUUCAUGGACACUAUUUUCUUUGUACUGAGGAAGAAAAACAGUCAAAUUACUUUCCUUCAUGUAUACCAUCAUGCCACUAUGUUUAACAUCUGGUGGUGUGUUCUGAACUGGAUCCCUUGUGGACAAAGUUUCUUUGGACCCACUUUGAAUAGUUUUAUCCAUGUUCUCAUGUACUCCUACUAUGGAUUUUCUGUCAUUCCUUCCAUGCGCAAGUAUCUGUGGUGGAAGAAAUACCUCACUCAGGCACAACUGAUUCAGUUUCUGCUCACCAUUAUCCACACUCUUAGUGCUGCUGUGAAGCCAUGUGGAUUUCCAUUUGGUUGCCUCAUGUUCCAGUUUUCAUACAUGGCCACACUGGUUAUUCUGUUUAUAAACUUUUAUAUUAAGACAUACCAGAAAAGGCCUUCAAGAACCGAUAUGAAGAAGGUCCCUCCUGUGACAGAAAUCAGGAAUGGUUUCCAUAAAGACUACUUCACUGCAGCCAAUGGGGUUCUAAACAAUAAGAAAGCACAAUAAGUACAGUAACUCAAUACUACAUUGUAGUAUUUUUCCACUUUUUCUAAAUAAAAAAGAGACUGAGUUACAAGACACGGUUUUAGUGUAAACUCGGACUCAGUUUGGUUACAUUUAUCAGGUCUUUGUACCAGACAUUUAUUAAUGUAUUGCUAUUUAGAUUUUAACAGUGUGUAGCUUUAAGUGCUUUGUCCAAGAUCACCAUCAAAAUGAGAGAGGCCACGUGAGGCAUCAUCCCCUUCCCACAUGCAAAAAGGUACAUUCGUCAAUCUCUAAUGUUGACACAAUGCCUUACAAAAACAUUUCACUGGGAAACCCAAAGAGUGGUCACAUUUUCAUGGUAGCCUUCAAAAGGUAGGGUUUUAUUCAGACUAAAAGGUUUUGGCACAUGGAGGGCCUCCAGAAUACCUGUGUCAUAGUCUGCUGACUUAAGCUGAAAGGCAGCUGAGUGGUCAACCUGUUUUGACUAGUUUAAUCAAGACCACUUAUGGAAAUCAACAGGAUAGAUAAUUCAUACCAGUGCCUGACUCCAUUAGCACCCCUGUUCUGCCCCUUCACAGCCACUCUCAAAACACACUCCAUCGUGUGUCAGUCCUGAGGACAUCAAACCUCCCUCCACCAUCAUAGAUAUUUUCAUUUCUGGAAAAUAAUGCAACUAAUGGAACAAUAAUUAGUGCCAUAGUCCCUGUGCCCCACGUUUACAAUUUCAGCUUGCACAGAAAUAUGCACCACACAUUUGCUUUAUGCACAUAGGGCCUAGUCCAAAAAAAACCCUCAAAGACGACAAUGGGAGUCUAUUGACUUCAGUGGGUUUUGGACCAGGCCUACAGUCUCUUUGGCCUUGUCUAGAUUAGGGUUUAAAGGUGUGAUGUUAGAUGCAGUUACCUAACUCCAUUUAAUUAACUCCUCUGAGAAAUCUAGUCAAGACAAAGGAGCUGUACUUUAGAGCGAGCUAGUUGGUCCAGUUAGAGCUAGGAGAAAUUUGAGUAAAUUCUUUGACCACUUGUCACAAAAGCAUAGUUGACAGGAAAUCCCAUGAUUUUUAAUUUAAUUUAAAAAAAUAACCUAGUGAGGACAAGCCCUUAAAAGCCACAAAGAGUCUCAAAUGCAUGUGAAGGAAAAUACUAAUGCACAAACAGCCUGCAUAUGAAUCAAAUUCCAAUGCUGUAUGAAAGGACUCUGGAAAGUAAAUUGAACUUAAGAGGAGUGAAUCCCACAGAAUCCAGGACACAUCCUAUAGGAAUUGCCAUAUCAGAACUGAUCAGUAGCCCACCGGUCCAGUCUCCAACAGUCACUAAUGGAGAAUGCACCCUAUGAAGAUGUAAAAAAGUAGCAGAUUGUGCUACUGUAUUCUGUAAAGAGGGACGGAGGAGAUUUCCUAUCUCUAGCUAUUAAACUGGUUGUUCCUUGAAGUAUGGAGAUCAUUGUCCCUUGUAAUUUUAUCUUUACAGAUAUUAUUCUUAGUCAAAUAAAUGCUAAACUGCUAUUAGUCAAUUUUAUUUUCUCUCACCAACCUAUUCACCUUAGUAACACCCUGCAGCAGCGAGUUCCCUAGGUUAGCUGGACAUUCCUUUUUUAAAAGUAUUUCCCCAUAUUCAUUGCAUUUAUUUAGUUUUGCAUUUGCCCCUCUUAUUCUUGUAUUAUUCCCGUAUUCCUAUCCCAUCCUACCCUAUUCCCGUAUUAUGAAACGGGGCAGAGCACAUCUCCUCUAAUUCUCUUUUUCAAACUAAAGUAGUUCUAGCUUCUUCAAACCCCUCUUAUAUGGAAACAUUACCAACUCAAAAAAAAAAAUCUAUCUAGUAAUUUUUUACUACCCUUUACUGGAUAAUGGACAUCAAUCCCAACCCAGCAGCUCCCACAAGUUCUGAAAGCUUUGUAGGAUUGCUGUUGACUGGCCCUUCCUCUCAUCUCUGAUUGGCUUGUUGAGGUGAACACCUGAGAGAGCUGAGGUACUGAAGGGAUGGGAGAACUUCCAAAUCCCUGUCCUCAAAUUCUCUUGGCAGGUCUGCCUGGAGACUCCACUCUUCUGGCUGAGCCCAUGGCCCCAGAAGUAUCACAUGUAAAGAGACAGUCAACUGCCUUAGGGAAUAUCGUAUGCAGGCAGACACCAGUUUAAGUGAGCAGAGAUAUGAGUAGAAGGAGCAGACACACUAGAGACUUGGGAGCAAUAAGAAAAGGAGCAGAUUGAGGUGAUGGGUAAUGUAGGAGAGGAUGGACAUAUUUGAUCAGUGGGAAGAAUUGCAAGGCAUGGGAUGGGGUCAUUUCACAGUUCAGUCUGAACGUGUGCCUGCAAGCUCAUGGGCCUGUCUGAAGAUAGUCAGAUCAGGGCCGUCCUUAGGCAUACGCAGAAUAUGCAGUGGCCAGCCCCCCACUCCAUCCUGCCCCCAUUCCACUUCUUCCCCCGAGCAAUGCAGCCCACAGGAUUAACAGGGGUACUGGAGCCAGCAGAAGUGGUCAGGCCCACCCCUGCACUCACCAGCAGCAGCGAGAAGCAGAGUGACCUGACCCCAGCCUGCUCUGCCCGCUACCAGCUGCGUUGCUGCACUUCCCGCCGCCAUCGCUGCGGAGUGCGGGGGCAGGCUUGACCCCUUCCUCCAAGCCCCCUGACCCAAGUG